UAAUUUCAUUAAAGUGUCGCCAUCGAUAUAGUAUUUAACCUUAUUAUAUAGUUGCAUUAGACUUUGGGGAAAUUUUGGAAAUAAUUUAAAGACAAGCAAAAUCAGUCAGUUCUGCAUCUAUUAAGUAGAAAACACUAAGCACGGAAAGUGCGCAUUCUUCAGCAGUCCCCUCACCACACGAGACAACUUUAUUUCCGCCCGUCUGUCAAAGUAACUGUCAAACACGAGCGAGGGGUUGUGCGCCUGCUGCUCCGUCAUUCAGGAAGUCUAGACCAACUGACAACACUCAACGAAGUCACACCGACAUCUCCAGAGUCGGACUAAAUAUCACCGAAGUGCGCACGCUUUUUAACCGGGACGUGUUUUACUAAAGAGUACAGUCUACUAGUCUGUAGAUGAAGAUGCAAGUGCAGGAAAUAAGAUCGAUAUUACUUUCUGUGUUUUGCAGUUUGCCAGGAAUUUCCCUACCCUGCUUGUUCAAAGGGUACAGUAAUAAACAGUCAUGAGGGAAGCUGGCAAAACAGCAAUUGUGGGCUUUAACUAAGAAAAGAGAAAAAGAGAAGAAGACCAAGGCUUCUCUAACACCACCUUUACACAUUUUCUACAGAUCUAUCUGGCCAAUGCCGGGGCCGUCGUGGACAUCUGGUGGCGGUAGUAGCAGUGGUAGCGUGUAUGCGAGUGUGGUCCUUGGCGCCUAGCCCAUGUCCAACCCAUAAUGCCGUCAUCCACACGGAAAGGGGUGCCGAAGGACCCUGAGCUGGCUGACCUUUUCUUCAAAGAUGAUCCAGAGGAUGUUUUCUGUGACCUGCACGAGAUUGGACAUGGCAGCUUUGGGGCCGUCUACUUUGCACGUAACUCUUACUCCAACGAGGUGGUGGCCAUUAAAAAGAUGUCCUAUAAUGGCAAGCAGACUACCGAAAAGUGGCAGGACAUCAUUAAAGAAGUCAAGUUUUUGGGACAGCUGCGACACCCAAACACAAUUGAGUACAAAGGCUGCUACUUGAAAGACAACACUGCCUGGCUGGUGAUGGAGUACUGCCUGGGCUCUGCAUCAGAUUUACUAGAGGUUCACAAGAAACCACUCCAAGAGAUGGAAAUUGCUGCCAUUACCCAUGGUGCCUUGCUAGGAUUGGCUUACCUACAUUCCCACAAUAUGAUUCACAGAGAUGUGAAAGCUGGUAACAUCCUGCUGACUGAGCUGGGUCAAGUCAAACUGGCCGACUUUGGCUCUGCCUCCAUUGCCUCACCUGCCAACUCCUUUGUCGGAACACCUUACUGGAUGGCCCCAGAAGUGAUUUUAGCCAUGGAUGAGGGCCAAUAUGAAGGGAAGGUGGACAUUUGGUCCCUGGGGAUCACCUGCAUUGAACUUGCGGAACGUAAACCCCCGUUGUUCAACAUGAAUGCCAUGAGUGCCUUAUAUCACAUCGCACAGAAUGAUUCUCCCACGCUGCAGUCAAAUGAGUGGUCUGACAUCUUCCGGAGCUUUGUUGACUACUGCCUACUGAAAAUUCCUCAGGACAGACCCUCGUCAGGGGAGCUGCUACGACAUGAUUUUGUGCGACGGGAACGCUCACCACGCAUUCUCAUCGACCUCAUCCAGAGGACCAAGGAUGCGGUGCGCGAGCUGGACAAUCUGCAGUACCGCAAGAUGAAGAAGAUUCUCUAUCAGGAGAAACACAACGGGCCCUUGGGAGAGAGCCAGGAGGAGGAGGAGGACAGUGAGGCAGCCAGCUGUAAAAUGAACAGUCUGGGCAGCAACCACUCUAUCCCCAGCACCUCCGUCAGCACAGGUAGCCAGAGCAGCAGUGUGAACAGCAUGCAGGAGGUGCUGGAGGACAGCUGCUCUGACAUGACCAUGAUGCACCCCCAGGACUACGGCAGCACCCUGGACUCCUCUGCACACAUAAAGAAGGACCAUCAGUAUAACUGGGAUGAUGGGAUCCACAGAGACCACCGGCCAGAGUUGAGGCCAGCCUCCUCUGACAAGAGCAGCCAGGCACAAAACUACAAAAACCAGGGCCGCUUCGCCACCAUUAAAUCCGCCUCACUGGUGACCAAACAGAUCCAUGAGCAUGAGCAGGAAAGCGAGCUGCGGGAGCAGAUGUCGGGCUACAAGCGCAUGCGUCGGCAGCACCAGAAGCAGCUGAUUGCCCUGGAGAACAAGCUAAAGGCCGAGAUGGAUGAACACCGGCUCAAGCUGCAGAAGGAGGUGGAGACGCAGGCCAACAAUGCCUACAUAGAGCUGGAGAAGCUGGCCAAACGCCACGCUGUGCAAAGCGAAAAAGAGAUGAAGACGGCACUCACGGAUGAGAAGAAGUUCCAGCAGCAGAUCGUGGCACAGCAGAAGAAGGAGCUGACCACAUUUCUAGAUAAUCAGAAGAAACAGUACAAACUCUGCAAGGAGAAGAUUAAGGAGGAGAUGAACGAGGACCACAGCACACCCAAGAAGGAAAAGCAGGAACGUCUUUCCAAGCACAAAGAGAACAUGCAGCAUUCCCAGGCCGAGGAGGAAGCCCAUCUCCUGGCCCAGCAGAGGGUUUUUUACGACAGAAAUUGCCGUGCUUUCAAGCGCAAAGUCAUGAUUAAAAGGCAUGAUUUGGAGCAGGAACAGAUCCGAGAGGAGCUGAAUAAGAAGAAGACCCAGAAGGAGAUGGAACAUGCCAUGCUGAUCCGCCAUGAUGAGUCCACGCAGGAGCUAGAACAGCGGCAGCUAAAGACCCUACAGAAGCUGCGGAUGGACCUGAUCCGCCUGCAACACCAGACAGAGCUGGAGAACCAGAUCGAGUACAACAACAGACGUGAGCGCGAACUCCAUCGCAAGCAUGUGCUGGAGCUCCGGCAGCAGCCCAAGAACCUUAAAGCAUUGGAGCUGCAGAUAAAGAAGCAGUUUCAGGACACAUGUAAGGUGCAGACCAAGCAGUACAAGGCCCUGCGCCACCACCAGAUGGAAGUUACGCCCAAGGCUGAGCACAAGACGGUGCUCAAGGCCCUAAAGGAUGAGCAGACACGCAAGCUGGCCAUCCUGGCUGAGCAGUAUGAGCAGAGCAUCAACGAGAUGAUGGCCUCGCAAGCGCUGCGUCUGGAUGAGGCCCAGGAAGCCGAGUGCCAGGCCCUGAGGCAGCAGCUGCAACAGGAGAUGGAGCUGCUCAAUGCCUACCAGAGUAAGAUCAAGAUGCAGACCGAGGCGCAGCAUGAGCGUGAGCAGCAGAAGCUAGAGCAGAAGGUGUCGCUCCGCCGGGCUCAUCUGGAACAAAAGAUUGAAGAGGAGCUGGUUUCCCUUCAGAAGGAGCGAACGGACCGGAUCAAACACCUGCUGGAGCGCCAGGAGCGGGAGAUCGACAGCUUCGACAUGGAGAGUAUGCGGCUGGGCUUCGGAAACCUUGGCGCCCUGGACUUUCCCAAGGAUGACUACAGAUGAAGGGUGCCGCCACCGCCGCCGCCAUCUUCUCCUAGUCUCCGGGUGUCCGUUUGCCUCAGAACACCCCUCUUCUCCUUUUGACCUGACCUGGCCUGACAAUGCAGGUGUUCGCUGCUGCUGACGCCCUCACGCAAACACACAAAAAACAAAAAAGACUAAAAACAAGAAAAAAACAAAGAAAAAAAAAAACCACAAAAAGAUAAAACAGCUCUGAAGUGUUUUCUGGGCUGGUCAGACAGGGUUGAUGGCAGGUUUGAGUGCCCCCCCCCCCCCCUAAAAAAACCCCCACAUAAACUUCUUCCCCCUCCUUGCCUCUCAUGAUGUCAUAAGAUGACAAAAAGAGUAAAAAAAUGCUGGAUAACUUCCUGUACUUGUCAUGUUUUUGUAAGAAUAACAUAGUCACAGUGUUUCUUGUGCAAUGACGACACUUUUGUGGAAAUCAAGAGGAGGGAGAGAAAACUGAGGGCCGUACGAUGAACGAACCAUACCUUCCCAGAGGGGAAUUUUUUUUCUUUUGUAGUUUGUUUUUUGCUCUUAAAACAGUGCAAAAAAAUCAAUCUUGAGGCGAUAAAUCAAACAGUUGAUCCUUCCGCAGCCGUUUCUCUGCUGCUUCUUUCAACACUUUUUGGUAUUUAUUCAUCAGGACAUUUUUAGGAAGAAAAUUGGAUAAUUUGAUACUAUAAGACACAAAUAUCACAAUGUACAUACAAGUACGCUGAUAUAAUAAAUGUGACUCCUUCAGGUGAAUUUGAUUACUGGAGGAUGGCUGAAUCAUGGUACUCAGACUGUGUAUUGUUGUGAUUUUCUCUGCACUGGCAGCAAAUGUGAAAAAUAAUACAUGUGACAUGUGAACUCCCAGCUAGCACAAAGGGCUUCAUGAGGAGGGCAAGGGGGGGCCUUGUACUUUGUGUAUAGAUGGAUUUAUGGAGAGCUUUUACUUAUUUUCGUAUUGUAUUUUAACCGUCACUCGAAUCAAAGGAAUUUUUAAAAGUGCUUUUUUUUCCCCUGCCCCCUCCUCAGAUCAUAUUUGAGGUCCUGUCAUUGGUCACUUUUUAUUUUUUUUUUUGCUCCCUCCCUCUUUUUGCGUUACAGAACUCCCAAGCUGUGUAUUUUCUUAUCAACCAGACCAGUAUAAUGCUUUAUUGCAUGCACUUUAUUUUUUUUCCAGGUUUAAAGAAAGCAUGAAUCUGUCAGAGCUUUUAAUUAUAUUUGUAAAUAAAGUGCUCAUCAGACAAAAUAAAGAUGUCUAAUUUGAAUUCCUCAUACCACUGGAGUGCCAUUUUAGUCUUAACCUCUGAACCAUUUAAUAGCAACAUAUAAUUCUAUCACUUAAAUUCAGUAAAAGCAUUUUUUCCAAAUUUAAAAAUUUUAAUGUAAUUUCAGGUGACAUUUGCCAGAAUUAUGGAAAAAAAAAUGUACUCAAGUGAUCAUUUUCAUUGGACCUCAAUAUUGAUUAAAAUGGCACUCCACACAGCCUACCAGAACAAGGCCUCAGUGAUGAAGCCUUAUCACCCAUCAAUACUAACCCAGACUGCAAUAUUUUCCAAAGCAAGGAUCUCAUGAAGUUAAAUUCCUGCCUUGUCUAUGCUGCUCAUAUCUCUAGUGGGGGGAACCCGGGUGUGAUUAGAGGGGGAGGAAUUGGG